CCAAAAACGAGUCGGCCCAAACCCUUAUCAUCUUCUAGGGUUCUUACUGGAAAAUUUCAUUCCCUCUUCAUUCAUUCUCCUCUACAACCUUAGCGUAAACCACAGUUCCAACUUACAGCUUAUUCUAUCUCUGUUUCUUUAAGAACUUGUUGAAGAUAUGGCGUCCCGUUUUUGGACUCAGGGUGAUAGUGAUACGGAAGAGGAGGAGGAGAGUGAUUACGAGCUGGAGGAUGAUGCGCCAGCUGAAAAUCCAGAUGCACCGUCUGGGCCUGGGUCAAGAUAUCUUGCAGCUGAUGACAGCGACAGUGAUGAAUCGGAUGGACAGAAGCGAGUUGUCCGGUCAGCCAAGGAUAAGCGUUUUGAGGAGUUGUCAGCUACAGUUGAUCAGAUGAAGAAUGCUAUGAAGAUUAAUGACUGGGUUAGCUUGCAGGAGAGCUUUGACAAGAUUAAUAAGCAGCUGGAGAAGGUCAUGCGCAUUACAGAAUCAAUUAAACCACCAAAUCUCUAUAUCAAAGCUCUAGUGAUGCUGGAGGAUUUCUUGAAUCAGGCGUUGGCCAAUAAGGAGACUAGGAAGAAGAUGAGUAGUAGUAAUGCUAAAGCCUUGAAUUCAAUGAAACAGAAACUGAAAAAGAAUAAUAAGCAGUAUGAGGAGUUGAUUAAUAAGUAUAGGGAAAAUCCUCCUGUGAGCGAGGAGGAGGGUGGUGAUGAUGAAGAGUCAGAAGAGGAAGAAGAAGAGGACGGAGAGGACUUUGAGGAGGACCCAACAAAGAUUGCAGCUGCAUCUGAUGAUGAUAAUGAUGAUGAUAGUGAUGAUCCGGACAGGCCAGAUAAUAGGUGGGAGAGGAUGCUGAACAAGAAAGACAAACUUCUGGAUAAACAGUUCAAGGAUCCAAGUCAAAUCACAUGGGAGACAGUCAACAAGAAGUUCAAGGAAAUCGUUGCUGCUAGGGGUAGAAAGGGGACUGGAAAGAUGGAAUUGGUUGAACAGCUCACCUUCUUGACCAAGGUGGCCAAGACUCCAGCACAGAAGCUUGAAAUUCUGUUUGGUGUUGUGUCUGCCCAGUUUGAUAUUAAUCCAGGUCUCAGUGGACACAUGCCUAUAAAUGUGUGGAAAAAGUGUUUGCAGAAUAUGCUUACCAUCCUUGAUGUUUUGACCCAAUACCCAAACAUUGUGGUUGAUGACAUGGUGGAGCCUGAUGAAAAUGAGACCCAGAAAGGAGCAGACCACUCAGGGACUAUAAGAAUCUGGGGAAAUUUGGUUGCCUUUGUUGAAAGGAUAGAUGUAGAGUUUUUCAAGAGCUUGCAGGUAAUUGAUCCACAUACCAGCCAGUAUGUUGAGAGGCUGAGAGAUGAGCCAUUGUUUUUGGUUCUUGCUCAAAAUGUCCAGCGUUAUUUAGAACAGAUGGGCGACUAUAAGGGCGCUGCCAAAGUGGCUCUUAAACAGGUUGAAUUCAUCUAUUAUAAACCGCAAGGAGUGUAUGAUGCUAUGAGGAAGUUGGCUGAGCUCACAGAAGGUGGAGAGGCAGAGUCUGUAGAAGAAAACAAAGUGGUUGAGGAGAGUAGAGGUCCAACUGCAUUUAUUGCAACUCCUGAGCUUGUGCCUAGGAAACCUGCUUUUGAAGAGAACAGCAGGACAUUGAUGGACAGUCUCGUUUCUCUCAUAUAUAAAUAUGGAGAUGAACGAACCAAGGCCCGUGCAAUGCUCUGUGAUAUAUAUCACCAUGCUAUCUUGGAUGAGUUUUCAACAUCCCGUGACUUGUUAUUGAUGAGUCACUUGCAGGAAAAUAUCCAGCACAUGGACAUUUCAACUCAGAUACUUUUUAAUAGAGCCAUGGCUCAACUUGGGCUCUGUGCGUUCAGGAUGGCACUUGUUGCAGAAGCGCAUGGUUGCCUUGCUGAACUCUAUUCUGCUGGCAGGGUGAAGGAGUUACUUGCGCAAGGUGUCUCCCAAAGCCGAUAUCAUGAGAAGACCCCAGAACAGGAGCGGAUGGAGAGGAGGCGUCAGAUGCCCUACCAUAUGCAUAUAAAUCUUGAGCUUCUUGAGGCUGUCCAUCUGACAUGUGCAAUGCUUCUUGAAGUGCCAAACAUGGCAGCUAAUAGCCAUGACAUGAAGCGCAGGGUCAUAAGCAAAACAUUCCGGAGAUUGCUUGAAAUUAGUGAGAGGCAAACUUUCACUGGUCCACCUGAAAAUGUGAGGGAUCAUGUCAUGGCAGCGACAAGGUCCCUCAGGCAAGGAGACUUUCAGAAGGCUUUUGAUGUUAUAAACUCCCUUGAUGUGUGGAGGCUGCUUCGCAACAAGGAUAGUGUUCUGGAGAUGCUUAGAGGCAAAAUAAAGGAAGAGUCACUGAGGACCUACCUUUUCACAUAUUCUGCUUCUUAUAAUUCUCUGAGUUUGGAUCAGGUUGCAGGGAUGUUUGACCUUUCAGAUUCUCAGAUCCAUAGCAUCGUGAGCAAAAUGAUGAUUUCUGAGGAGCUUCAUGCAAGCUGGGAUCAACCAUCCCGAUGCAUGGUCUUUCAUGAUGUUGAGCAUACAAGAUUGCAGGCUUUGGCAUUCCAGUUGACAGAAAAGCUGUCAGUUUUAGCAGAAAGUAAUGAAAGAGCAACAGAAUCGAGGAUUGGUGGUGGUGCAUUGGAGGGCCUUCCCCCGAGGCGCAGGGAUGGCCAGGAUUAUGCUGCUGCAGCUGCAGGUGGUGGUAGAUGGCAGGACUUCUCCUUCUCACAAGGCAGGCAAGGUGGUAGUGGUGGCCGAACAGGGUAUGUAGGUGGUAGAUCAACUUCUGGUCAAACAUCAAGGGACCGUACUAAUCAGGCACGAGGGACUCUCGGUGGUCAAGGUUCAAGAUAUCAGAGUGGUACAACUUCCAGGGGAAGCCAGAUGGAUGGAUCAGGUCGCAUGGUUAAUCUUAACAGAGGGGGUCGUUCUUAGAGAACCGCGCACAAAUUUUUUGCAUAGAGAGAAUCACAUAACUUGAGGGUUCCUGAUUGUAGUAGAAUUUACAGCUUUCUUUGUUUCAUAAACCAAGUUCCAUUGUGCUACAUUUGUUUUCCGACUUUCUAGCAUCUUUUGGCUGUUGCACUGCUUUUCUCAUUUAAUGACAUUCAUGAAGUUGGGUACAUUCCUUUUAAAUUUAA